UUUUCUCAUUCGAAUCAAGGGAAAUUCUCAAAACACGUGAUAGAUUAGAUUUUUAUCUUUCUCCGUGGUAUCCGGGCAGGCUGAAAUCUCUCGAAGUAUUUCAGCCUAGAAUUGACCCAAUGGUUUCUGUUUCUAUGUCGUAGGAGGCGACUAACAUCAGAUGUGACUGUGAUCCACUAAGAGGUUGGUAACAGUCUGUUAUCUUUCUCCUGACUAAACCAGCCUAGAGACCGUGUGACAUCCGGCGAGUUGAAGUAUCUCAGCCAAGAUGUGAUCUACUGAGUUACAGAUCUCAUGUCGGAAGACGCAUCUGAAAACAGGAGUGCUCGGGUACCGAUGAUGAAAUGUGUAAUGCUCUGAUCGGGUCAUGGUUCGAGUAGCAUAAAUUAAUCUUCAGCAUAAACGUACAGCAACUAUGAAUUUAUCUCGCCUUUUGCAGGAAGGAAAAGCUACUACAGAUUCAAGAACCGUUUUUCCACGAAGGAAACUUCUUUGUUGCAAAACUACUUAACGCCGUCUUCGUAGCUUACAAUAACAUGGCAUGACAAAUCCACGUGAAAUGCCUCGUGCAUGUAAACUUGUGAAUAGUGCUAUCGACGCAUAGCUUCUAUCCGACCUUACAACUCGUGAUAUUUGUGCUGUCACAGUCAAUAUGACUUGAUAACAUGAACAGGAAAUACGUCUAUUGUUCGGCAUAUUAACCGCAAAAUGAAUCCUCUCUUUCUGAUGAUUUCAAAAGGGUUGUAUCAUACUGUGGCAGAAAUGGGUUUUCCCUCAUAAUCGAGGCAGCUCAGAUUUCAAUUUGGAUGAACUAUUUAAGCUGCACAAAUUUACAUAUACUUAAUGUAGUAUAUCACCCAUCAUUUGCACGAUCUGGCAGAGAAGAGGUGUUAGGUGUAACUCUCUGCUCUGACCGUACUACGCACGAUUUGGCAAACUGGUUCGUACCCAAUGAGGUCAAACCGUCGUUAUUUGAUCGUAAGUAUAUCGUCUUUGAUCACUUAAACGUCCAGAUGUAGCAACCUCUUGCGGUUCUACUGUGACACUUCAAUUUUGAAUAAGUAAUAGAAAAAAUCUGAUUUGAUUGUUUGGACUUUGCCUGAUUGUAAAUUCCCACACUUUUUGAUUAAACCGUUGAUGUGUAUAGAUUCUUUUCUGAUUCCUUAAACACGGGAAAAAUUUGAUCAAAAUCAAAGAAAAGAACCACAAUCGCAGAGGUGCUUUCUUCGACAAUGCGUCGGAUCAUUGUAUAGAGUCUUCGAGUCAUAAAACUUUUCGAAUGCUAGUAAGCAAGGUUGGAGAAAGGUCACUAUUCGAUUGCGCUGAAAGAUGAUCUGUUAAAAGAUCUUCACGGGUGUCUCAUUUCAAUCCCUUCUAACUCAUUCAUCGCCAGGUUCAGUGGGUUUGGCUUAAGGUAUAGUAUUGUUUGGUCCUCUCCGGAUAACGAACAAAACUGUACCUGGCUGAAACAGAAAUUGGAGGAAAUAAGUGGGACGGCAGGGGACUUCCGAUUUAUUGUCGAACCAUGUAGCCGUCACCAGAAUAAGGCAUUCCGUUACUUUCCGUGGAAUUCCAAGAAAUAUUUGAAGAGUACUGAUGUUUGAUGAGGCUAGAUUUCCAUAAUCUUGGUUCGUGGGCAGUUUGCUGGGAAGUUCUGAGAACCAAGUCGCUUACAGAGAAAAUACAACAGUAUUUUUGCAGUAUCGUCGACCGUUCUCUGGAAUUAUGGCUUCCUAAUUCUCUAAUUACGUGACUGGUUUGAUUCACAUCGUCCGAGCCCAGAGGAAUUUUCAAAACGCGUGACAGAUUAGAUUUGCAUCUUUCAAGUUUAGGGAAAUUCUCGAAUCACAUGACAGAGUUGAAUUGGGUAUCUGGACAAAUUCUUAUAUCACAUGACAAGGUUGAUUCGUAUCCUUCGGGUCUGGGGUAACUCUCUAAUCACAUGAAAGAGCUAAACUGCAGCUUUCGAGCAUAAAAAAUUGUCAGAUCACGUGACAGAUUAGAUGACCAUCUUUCGUGUCUGGGAAAAUUCUCGAAUUAAUUAACAGAGUUGAAUUAUUUUUCAUUCCCGGAAAAAAUCUCAAAUCAGGGGACGAAGCUCAUCCGCAUUUUCGAGCCUGGAAAAAUUCUCAAAUUCAACUCUCAAAUCUCACUUGACAGCAUUCAAUCGCAUCUAGAGCCUGGGAAAAUUUUCAAUUCCCGUAACAGAUUUGAUUCCUAUCUUGCGAGCUUGGGGAAACACUCAAAUCACGUGACGUGACAUAUCCUCUUCGACAGGGUGGGGAAAGGAACGAUGAGUACACCAGAUUGUCGAAUGAGUGAAAAACACGUGACAGAUUUAAAUUGUAUCUUUCAGGUCUAAGGAAUUGUCAAAUCACGUGACAAGGUUGAUUCGCAUUUGUCGAGUCUGUAAAAAUUCUCAAAUCAUUGCGCACACUUUAUUCGCGUCUUUCUAAUCUGAGAACAUUUUCAAAUCGCGUGACAUUGUUGAAUAGCAUUUUUGGAGUCUAGAAUAAAUCUCAAAUUGUGCGACAGAGUUCAUUUGUAUCAGACAAGUCUGUGCAUUCUUUCUAUGACACGUGCCAGUGUUGCCAGCGCGAACAUCUUUUGUUUAUCUUACUAUGAAAACUUUUAAACAAUUGACUUUAUUUGUUGUUCACUAUUCCUACUAGGUUUCCAUGUUCUUGUCAGAUAAAACAAACAUCUGCAGUGACUAUAAAAAUAUAGUUCAAUUCUCCGUACGUCGGAUCACAUAUUUUCCUAUUCAAAUAAAUACAUUGUAAACAACAGAAACAGGUCUGAACUCCAACAACUCGACAAUUACAAAACAUAACUGAAAUCACCAUCCCCAGAAAUAUCACGGCCACAAAUCAAGCUGCUCCGAGCACCAAGCAACAUCUGUCCCCCAUAUCACGUCCCCGAUGACAGUGGGAAAGCAAUUCAUUUACCACUCACUUCUUUGCGUACAUGUCAAACAGACUCUAAGUAAGUUAGUUAGCAACUCGACCGAUACCUGACACUUCCUUCUGCGCACGAAUCAUCCGGACCAGCACACAUACACAGACACAUAAAUCACACAACCCUCCGGACAGUAGACCAUUAGAAAUUAAAUUAUUACACACAUCUCAGCUACACACAAGUCCUUCUGUUCGGCAUGUUUCCUUUUUGCUACCAUUUCCGAUUCCAGAAACGUUUCAGCCUCCCCCUGAUCUAUUUAGCGAGAAUCAGAAAUAGUCCCAGAUUCCAUUCGAAACCAUGAAUCAUGUCCAGUACGACUAGAGGCACGGCUCGAAAUCGUAUCGCCACGCAAACAAAUUGCUCCAUUUAGAUCUGUUAUUUAUGGUAACAUUCCGGCCACCGCCUUGCCAUGUCUCCAUGGAGAUUCGCUGUUUUGAUUUUUAACCACCUCUUUGCCAGAACACUGGAAUCGAACUUCAGCUGGGUUCAAUGUUCAGAGCGUCUGCUGACAAACAAAUAACAAACAAAAGGAUUUGCAAAGAAUAAUAAUUAGUCUAGUUGGUUUCCUAACGAGACAACCCGCUAACAGAAAACACAAGAAUUAGAUUACGUAAGAAAGGCGGACAAUGGCUGCAACGUAAAUCCAUUAUCGCGACAGAAUGUUUGUGUGUAUGUGUGUACGUGGGUGUGUUCCACUCGUUUUCCCAACCCAAAAAGGGGGAAGGGAGUAGCCGGCAAUCAAUUCUCCGCCGAGUUGGUUGGUAAGCGAUAACAACUUCAAGUUCAAUCCUGUAGGAGGCUUGGGCUUUCGGUUGACUUCGCCCUCCGAGAAAGAUGACAAACGGCAGAAAGAAGAAAAAAUAGUCACAGCAAGUCUGUGAGCCGGAGGCAGUUGCAGAAAACCAAGUUAACAUCGCUGGGAUCCGAGCGUUGUGAACGAUCUACAAUACCAGCGAUCGGAAUGAAGAACGAGUGAAGUGCCCCUCGGCGUGCGGUUGAACGAAGCAGCUGACAGACAAAAAAGAUAAAAUUGAGUUUAACUGGAUUGUGAACAAGUUGGAAAUAAUUGCGUGCGUGUGACAACGAUUUUCCUUUCGUGAGUGUGACAAAGCUAAAAAACUUUUUGCCGAGAAAAAAUGUCAAACAAAAAAAAACUAUAAACUUUUGGUGUGACUGAAACUGUUCUCCCUUCACCGAAACUACCCCCACCCUCUCGUGUUUCUCAUCGUCAAAGUGUUACCCGAACCGAGCAGAGAGCGAUUCAAAUUCGCAACACAAACAGCACGGAUUAUAGUGAUUACCCCUGCGCUUCUCGGCUUACCGGUUCCUGAAAAUAUCCGGCCGACGUAGUGCAAGUGCUUUCACAAGUGAUAAUUUGUUUUUGAAACUUGCCUGGCUGGACCCCUUGCUUUGCGAUAGUGAAACCAGUUCUAGAGCGCUACCGCUGCCUGACCGCCCGGAAUAAACGACCGCCGAGCUCGUAGACGUCUCGGUCGGGGUCAUCCCAAGUGGCUACACCGACUCGCGCUCCCGUAUCUCGAUGGUGCAGUAUUUGGAGCCUCUGUCCAGACCUACCAAGGCGCCAAAGUGUGACCAAACUUUUGUAUCCCGGGCUGGCGGUCCAGCGAACGGAACGUUCAAUGCACCACUGCUCACCAAUCCGACGAAUCACUCGCGCCAGUGCCUGUACAUCUUCCUAGCAGGUCCCGGCCAGCGGGUCGACGUCACCUUCACGUCGUUCAACCUAAGAGGAUCACCACCGGACGGAGCGGCAGUCGGUGAACUUCCAGCCUGCGUCCACGAGUACAUGGACGUGUACGCCGAAGUCCAAUCGUCCGAUCCGGCCGAGCUGAUCAACUCCCCGUUCGGUGGACGCUACUGUGGUCCUAUACCGCCACGUCGUCGCAUUUCGUUGUACCGUGCUAUUGCAUUGUCAUUUUAUACGGAUAAAAACUCGACAACGCCGGAUAUAUUCGAGGGUCGAUAUGCCUUUAUUAAUGAAUCUGAAUAUGAGAUUGGUCAGCCGGUGAUUGGGUCGCCAUGUUCCUAUGUAAUUAAUUUUGCUCAGAAACGUACGGGUGCUGUUAUAUCACCAACUUAUCCAGGUGCCUAUCCAAAAGAUAUGUCGUGCACAUAUCAGUUCAUUGGAAAACCGAACCAGCGGGUGCGAAUCGAGUUCCGCGACUUUGACCUGUUCUUCGGUGGACCCCACUGUCCAUUCGACUACGUCCGGGUGUUCGACGGACCGGACAACACGUCCGCCGUGGUCGGGACGUACUGCGGCCAGCAGCGGAACUUGGUGCUGUACUCCAGCGAGCAGUAUUUGUUUGUGCACUUUUCGACGCUGCAACGAACCGCCAACACGCAGAAUCGAGGUUUUAAGGGAAUUUUUGAAUUUAGUGAAAGUUUUGUUAAGCUAGAUUUUAUUCGAGAAAACGACGGGAUGCAUAUACGAGGCUCCGAAUGUGAUCAGAAAAUCUUAUCGAAGAAAGAAUCGACCGGAUUUGUAUACUCGCCUAACUAUCCUUUCCCGUAUAUACCGAAAGUAGUUUGUAGAUAUUUCGUUUACGGCAUGCAGGACGCCCAGAACCUCGAACGAGUGAAGCUGGAAUUUUCUAUUUUCGAGAUUCCGAAAGGAGAGCACAAGGGCGACUCCAACUGCACCGACGGAUACCUCAAAGUCUACCUGAAGGGCCAGGAGGUGGCGGACGCGUACGAUAAGUUCGAUCACGAACUGUGCGGUAACGAGCUACCGCAUGCAGUUAUCAGCGAUGGACCCCGGCUGGUGAUGGUGUUCAGCUCGGGUGAACUGCAAGGUCGUGGUUUUAAGGCGAAGUACAGUUUCGAGACGGAGUACAAGAUCCCUGGGACGGCGGCUCCGGAUGGAACGUGCAGCUUCACCUAUCGGAGCACGUCGCGGAAGAAGGGUGAAUUCAACAGUCCCCGCUAUCCGUCGAACUACCCGUCGGAAACGAACUGCUCGUUUGUGUUUCUGGCGACUCCGAACGAACAGGUGACCGUCGUGUUCGAUCAUUUUAAGGUGAAAGCGGACGGAGCAAACACCACAUACGGCGCUUACGGAGCUUCCGUUUGCUUCGAGGACUGGCUGGAAAUGUACGUACUGUAUCGGGAUGGAACGGAACGGUUUCUGGGUAGAUAUUGCAGCCUGACGGCACCGGGUCCCGUUGAGAGUCCCCGCGGAGCUGUCGGGAUCCGGGUUGUGCUGCAUACGGAUCAGGAAAAUGUGGCCAGUGGCUUUAAGGCUCGGUAUAUCUUCGAAACGGCCAAAUCAGUGUUCGGCGAUUGCGGGGGCAACUACUCCGGGGAGGAUUCGGGCAUCGUUACUUCGCCUAACUUCCCGGCAAACUACGAUGCUCCCGGUAAGGGUCUAGCUUCCAGGGCCUGUAAUUGGUACAUUACGGCACGGAUCGGCUACAAGAUACUGCUCAAUUUUGAUUUCUUCGGCAUCGAGGGAGAACCUGCAACUCGGGGCUGCGCGGCGGCUGUCAUGCGCCUGUGGCUCUCGCCCGAAUCCGACAUGCCACCGAUCGAGAUGUGCGGUGAGAAACCGGCGAUGGAGCACUGGCAGUAUGUGACCCAGGGCCAAACUGCACGGAUAAGUUUUACCAGUGCGGAUAAGGCCAUCGGUGCACAGGGUUUCCGCAUUAUCUGGACCGAGGUGCAGGACUCCCCCGUCGGACCCAGUUCCACCAUCUCGCUGCUGUGCGAGUCUACGUACCACUUCCAGUGUCUUGGCUCCGGCUACUGCAUCUCCGAGCGAUUGCGCUGCAAUGGCGUCAAAAACUGCGGCGCCCAGGACAAUAGCGAUGAAAUGCACUGCAUCACCACAGUUCCCGAGGUGGAUCACGGCGCGCUCAUAAUAUCCUGCAUAGCCGCCGCCUCGUUCCUAAUCUGUCUCCUCUGCACUCUCUGUCAUCGAAAAAGAAAGCGCAGACAUCACAGACAGCUGGGUCUGCAUAGGAACGCCGCCCACUACGAUUCGACGACCAGCGCAACCGGUAUAAGCUUAGGUUCCAGCAGGCGGCAUCUGCAGGGAGGUGGUAGCCUAUCGGGCAGCCUGCAUGGCAUAAACAACAGCGAACCGAUGGUGAUCCCGCCGGCUCCCCUGCCUCCCCUCGGUAUACCACCACACGUCUGCAUCAACGAUACCCUGCUCGAUCCGGACGACCUGAACGAUGAUCUAUUUGUCAAUGGCUGCGAUCGAUUCGACGAUAACGGCGAGUGUGUAUAGCGAUCGGCAAGACCGACGGCGGCACUGCUUUAUCGACACUGCAGCAUCUGUCACUUCUGUCAGCAUUUCUACCGGGGACGACUGUGCUGCUCGCUGCAUUACUACUAUCCGUACGAUUACUGUUCCAUCAUGCUGGCGCUACUCUGCCUCGGCAGCAAUUGCCAUCACGCAAACCCUACCGCCGUCGGUGAUGGCGAUGGCGGUUGCGCCAGUACCGAUGACGUGGGACAACCGAGUGCGCACGAGUACAACUUCUUCCAUCAUCCCCACAAUUAUCAGUAUCCCAGUACGGUGGCAGACUCAGGCGAUUGUUCGAAAGUUAUCUACUACUAGUGUGACGACGGACGGCGACAAGGAAUUUGAGCGAACCAGACCCAUCUGCCGAAAUUAAACGCAAACGAUUUGGGAACGGUGCGUAAUUACUAUCUCUAUUUGUAAACGACUUCUAGUACAGUAUUCUUUUUGUUCGAAUCAAGGAAAAGGCAUUAACAAUAAUUAAAACAAGAAUAACACUAACAUUAGAUAAAUUAAAUAUUUUAAAUUAAAGUAAACAACGUAAAAGUAAUGAAUUUUUUAUCCAACUACGAAUCAACACUGUCAAGCAAGUUAUUCAUAACAAGAACAAGGAGAUGAAGUAAACGAUAAAGAAAUAUUACAAGUAUAGUUAAAAAGGUAAAAACAACAAAAAGAAAGAUUUCAUAACCAAUCGCAAUACAUUAUAUUUUAGUUUAGGUUUUCCAAGGUGCAGUGAUGGAAACAAAAAAACUGUAUGUGUAACAUAUUUAUUACGGCAAUGGACACAAAAAUGUAGAGAAGAAACACGAGAUGUGGUGUGAAUUGUUUUAUUUGUAAAGUUCAUUUUAUAUGAAACCCCUUUUUAAUAAAAAAAUAUUUGAAAAAACGUAGAAAUUGAGAACAGAAACACCCAAAAAAAGUAAAUCUUGAACGAAUAACCAAUCUAACACACAUUGACGACAACUAGGAUAUAUUCAAAAUUACCUACAAGCUCACAUAUACAUUCGAAGAAAAAAAAUACAUGGACACACGUACAUCCACACACACACACAUUGACGGUAGAGUAUCGCAUCGUAAAUACGAGAGGAAAAUCGUUGGAGUCGCUCAACCAGGCGACAUAAUUUGUAACAUAAUUGACGAGGGGGAAGAUAAACAGUUGUUUUUUAUAUAUUUGUACGAAGUAGUUAUUAGACAUUGAUAUAAAAAUAAAACCUAAAAAACGGUGUGUAGAAUAAUAAAAGCGACUAACAAACCAGUAUGAUAGCUCAAUUUUUCCACGAAAAGCAACCAUUGGAACGGUUUUGUUGAGAAACUAUCUCCUACGAGAGUUCAUUUUUCAACCGGAAGUGGAUGAAUCAAAAUCGCUCUCAAGUUUAUACGCUUAUAGUAAUCUUCCCUGUUUGUGGUUAUGCAGAAAACAGAAGAGCUACUACCUUCGGAGGCUAGACUGGUAGGCAAAAGGAUGUUGAAAGAAAACGGAAAUAUUGUACAGGGGGAAACAAUCAAAAGCGGAGGCGAGCAAGGAACUGCGAAACAAAAAAUAAUACACAUUUAAACAGUGCAACUAAAAAGGUAAACACUAACCGAAUAAGCAAACAUAACAAUUAAUCAUGUAUUAAAUGUGU